UUUGUCAUAAAAACUGGCUGGAUAUGUAUCAGGAUCCAACCGUUUUCGCUAACAGUAAGGCAUAAAAUAAUCAAAUCACUUUUCAAAUAAACUUUGGUUUUUGAUCAAAUAAAAAUAAUUUUCUGAAAUUGAUCAAAAAGCUCUGAAAAUCACCAAACCCUGCUUUAAAAUCACCAAGCCCCUCUCGACAAUCCCUUUUUCCGGCAAAAUAAACCCUUGCAAAUGCGAACGAAAACAAAGACAAAUGUUUGAAUGGUCAAAAAAUGGCCCGAAAUCAUUGAAAUGGGUCAAACUUGACGAUUUAUCAGUCAACUUUGCGACUCCUGCAAGUUCCUGCUGUUUUCUUAGCAUUUUCUCGGGUUGAAACGGCAAAAAGACGUCUGUGGAAAAACCGCGAUUUUUCUAGUUAAAAAACGCCGUGGCACACGGUUCACGACUUAUCGUGAGUUUUUGACCAUUUUUUGCGUAUAUACAAUGUGCAAUCUAUCUCGAAGGCAACGCAGUCUCUUUCUCUUCCCAAGGUGGCCUGGAUCGCUGUAUAAUAAUCAUAGCAGCGUACUGAGUUGUUAUCGUGAUAAGCGGAUCGCCAAGGAUAGUAUAACUACAGAGGCCAAUAGAACUGUUAUUCAAGUUCCUUCUGUGUUUGAAUAAUGGCAAUCGCAAACAAGAUCAUGGGGCAUCAAAUCCUGCCAUUUGACCUGAUGGAGAAUUCUUCACCCAGAUUAUCUAUACUGAAUGUGAACCGCAUACAAGAAAAUCGUGUUGCAAUGGUCUUAGGGAGAAAUAAAGUGCAAAAGCAAGUUUCAUUGCCAUCCCAUAUAUUGCUUAAGACUUUCAGUUGCAAGACAAGACUUAAAAGAUAUGCUGGAAGAGUAGUCGCCUCACUUGAGCAUGGAGUGCAAAAGUAUCCUAAGUCAAAUCAAUUAUCCGUGUCGAGGGGCAAUUCUGUCAAAUAUUUUGACUUUGCUAUCAUUGGUAGUGGAGUGGCUGGUCUUAGGUAUGCUCUUGAAGUUGCAAAACAUGGAUCUGUGGCAGUAAUUACAAAAGCUGAACCCCAUGAAAGCAAUACCAAUUAUGCACAAGGUGGUGUCAGUGCUGUUCUGGACCCAUUCGAUUCCAUUGAGAAUCAUAUAAGGGAUACUAUUGUUGCUGGUGCAUACUUAUGUGAUGAAGAAACUGUUAAGGUGGUAUGCACAGAAGGUCCAGAGAGAGUUCGAGAGCUUAUGGCUUUUGGUGCAUCAUUUGAUCACGGGGAAGAUGGCAGCUUACAUCUUGCUAGAGAGGGUGGGCAUUCUCAUCAUCGUAUCGUUCAUGCAGCAGACAUGACGGGAAGAGAGAUCGAACGAGCUCUGUUGAAAGCUGUUGUUAGCAACCCUAACAUAGUCAUGCUUGAACAUCACUUUGCUAUAGACUUGCUUACGUCCAAGGAUGGAUCAAAUAUUUACUGUCAUGGUGUGGAUACACUGAACACGGAAACUAAUGAGGUGGUCCGCUUCAUUUCAAAAGUAACUCUACUUGCAUCCGGUGGAGCUGGACAUAUUUAUCCAAGUACUACUAAUCCAUGUGUUGCUACUGGUGAUGGUAUUGCAAUGGCACAUAGAGCACAUGCAGUGAUUUCAAAUAUGGAGUUUGUACAGUUCCAUCCAACUGCAUUAGCUGAUGAAGGUCUACCUAUUAAACCUUGUAAACGUGAAAACGCAUUUUUAAUAUCUGAAGCUGUUCGUGGAGAUGGUGGUAUUCUUUAUAAUCAAGCUAUGGAAAGAUUCAUGCCAUUGUAUGAUGAUAGAGCAGAACUUGCACCCAGAGAUGUUGUGGCACGCAGUAUUGAUGACCAGUUAAAGACACAGAAUGAGAGAUUUGUUUUACUGGAUAUAAGCCACAAGCCUAACGAGGAAAUUCUCUCUCAUUUUCCAAACAUUGCUGCAGAGUGUAUGAGGCAUGGCCUUGACAUAACAAGAAAUCCUAUACCAGUGGUACCAGCUGCACAUUAUAUGUGCGGUGGAGUGCAAGCUGGACUUCAUGGAGAGACAUGUAUAGUUGGUCUAUAUGUAGCAGGUGAAGUUGCCUGUACAGGACUUCAUGGUGCAAACAGGCUUGCAAGCAACUCAUUACUGGAAGCACUUGUGUUUGCACAAAGAGCUGUUGAACCAUCAUUGCAUCACUUCGCUAGUUCAAAUGUUGGCAUCAAAGGAUCAAUUGAUUGGCCUUUUCCCAUUGCGCCAGUUGUACUUAUGGAUUCACAACUCACUAAAAUCAAGGAAAUUACAGCACUAACACGGGCAAGGUUACAAAAGAUCAUGUGGGACUAUGUUGGAAUUGUCCGUUCUAUGGAUCGUCUUAAAACAGCUGAGAAGUGUCUGGGAGAAUUAGAGCUUGAAUGGGAGGAUCAUCUGUCUAAAGAAGGGUGGAGGCCAUGCAUGGUAAGUCUCGAAGUAUGUGAAAUGCGAAAUUUGUUUUCUUGUGCCAAUUUAGUUAUCAAUAGUGCUCUAACAAGACAAGAAAGUAGGGGGCUGCAUUACAUAGUGGACUUUCCUGACCUUGUGGAGAGCCAGAGGCUUCCUACAAUUAUAUUUCCAAGUUCUGCAUUGAAAUCUACUUGGAGUACACAGCUAGUUCACACACUUUUUGGGGAUCCUAUAUGCCAAUGUGAUAAUUCAAAUGAAACUAAGAAGCAAUCUCUUGUAUGACAAAAAUAUAAUAAUAUGCAGGUAUCUUGAGCAUUGCUUUUUUUCUUUGGCUGCUAGAGUGAACAUCUGUAAUUCAAGUUGUUACCUUUGGUUAUUGACGGUAACAGGUCUGUCUUAGUAAUUUUUUAGAGCCAUACAUUUCUAUGAAGAAAUGUUUCUUGCAAUGCAGAAAAAAGAUGAAUGAAUUAUUAGAAAUUUUCCUCCUUGAUUCAACCAAGGAAACAUGAUUCAAAAAAGAUGGAACCUCUUUGCACAUUUAUAAUGAUGAGAGGGAUAUAAUAACCUCUGAAUUCACUGAUUGGACUGCAAAGAAGAAUAUGAAAUAUAUGAACCUAUUUAUCAUGAAUGUUUGUAGUUGAAUGCAAUUUUGAUAAUAUAUAAUAUGACAUGCAAAAUUUAAUGCAUUUCAAAA